CGAUGCUCCGCCGCAUCGCCGCCCUACGGCCGCCGCCGCCGCGCGCGGUGGCGGCGGCGCUCGUCGGAGGGGCCGACGCAGGCUACUCCUCCAAGUCCACCUCCCUCCCCCAGAAGCAGCAGCGCGUCCGCGACCACGCCUUCGACGGCAUCAUGGAGGUCCAGAAGCGCGUCCGCCGCUUCCUCGCGCUCCACGCGCUGCUCCUCUACGCCGCCACCCCCACCGCGCCCUCGGGCAAAUUCUCCGCCGGGGGCAGCGGCGCGGUCUCCGUGCCCUUCUCCCGCCUCGGCGCCCUCUCGCGCCGCCAGCUCCGCCUCGCGCCCCUCGACGCCGGCAACUUCAUGCUGCGCCACCCGCACGCCUUCCACCUCUUCCUCCACCCCGUCCACCGCAUCCUCCACGCGCGCCUCACCCCGCGCGCCUCCGCCGCGCUGCGCCUCGAGGCCGACGCCAUCGCCUCCUUGCGCCCCGGCGCCGUCCUCCGCCUCCGCAAGCUGCUCCUCCUCGCGCCCCCGCACCACCGCCUCCGCCUAGAGCACAUCCGUCUCCUCCGCCGCGACUUCGGCCUCCCCGACGACUUCGCCGACUCCAUCAUCCUGUCCAAUCCCGCCCUGUUCCGCCUCACGCCUGACGGGUUCGUCGAGUUUGUGCCUUCCCCUGACGACCCACCCGACCUCACCGUCGCCGCCGUCGAGCGCUCCCGGGAGCGCCACUACCGCGAGCACCGCGCUCCCGGCGCCGGCGAGGAGGACGCGCGCUUCGCGUUCCCCACCCGCUUUCCGCCGGGCUUUAAGAUUGGCAAGUAUUUCCGCAUUGCAGUUUGGAAGUGGCAGCGCCUCCCCUACGCUUCCCCGUAUGCGGACGUCUCUGGCCACGACCUGCGCUCACUUGAGGCACAACGCCGCAUGGAGAAGCGUGCUGUCGCUGCUGUCCAUGAGCUGCUCUCUCUCACAGUCGACAAGCGUACCACGCUAGAGCGUCUCGCGCUCUUCCGCGACGCCCUUGGUGUGCCAAAGAAGAUUAAAGAGUUCUUGCUUAAGUAUCAGGGGAUAUUCUACAUAUCAACAAGAGGAAACCAGGGGAAGCUGCACACUGUGUUCCUCCGGGAGGCAUACUAUAAAGGGGAGCUUUUAGAUUCCAAUGAGAUACAUGACGCAAGGCGGAAGCUGGAGGAGCUGCUCUUGAUGAGCCGAGAGAAGGCGAAUUUGGAUCGUAUGUUCACUAGCAUGGGUCGUGGAUGGGAUGAGCUUGGUGGUGGUCGUCGUGGAGGAGCAGAAUUGAGGGAGAAGUUUCUUGGGGAUGCAGGUGGCAGAAAGAGGAAAGUUGGUGCUGGCAUUGAUGACGAUGGUGCCGAUAGUGGGGAGGACUCAGGAGUUGAAUCACUCUACAUCGAAUGAGGAACAGAAUCAUACAAUGACACUGAAUGUCAUAUAGUGAAGCCUGAGUUCUGAAUCUGGCAUGGGAACCAUAUUGGAGGAUUGAUUUAUCAUGCUAGCAUCUACACCAUGGUGUAGUGAUCUUGAGUGAUAAGAGAGUGUUAUAUUCUGAGGUGAAAAUUUGAGUGAGAGUUCUCGUCCUAAACUUGCGGACCCUAUGAAUUGGGGAAGUUAUCACCCUCAAUGCUGCCAUGCAUCUGCACUAGAAUGGUUGAUGGAAUCUUCAUUUGCUCAGCAUUAUGUGAAGGGACAAAGACACAAGCAAGAGAACUCCUUUCUGCCCCCAAGCUAAUUUGAUCAGUGUCAUUUGACUUGCAAACCAAGAUCAAUGGAGAUGUAAUGUUCAUGAGGGCUACUUGAGGAGUAGUGUUCUGCUGCACGGAAACUUUAUUGAGCACCGAUUUGGGGGCCAUCAGACCUGUGGUGGUUGGUGUGCUGUGCCUUCUUCAAGGUAACAUUUCAAGGGUAUUGGGCCAUGUAAAGGCAGGAGUUUUCUGCUGUCAGUAUGUAAAAGUUUUUUUUUUUGAGGAAGUGGAAGUUGAGCUGCCGAUAUAUUAAGCAGGAGUAAACAAAUACAAUGAUUCUCUUGUUUUACAAGAGGUUGGGAUUAAGGUUUCCCACACCAAACUGAAAGAAAAAGCUAAUCAGGUUCUGGUGCAGGUUCAUUUUCAACAAUAGAGAGCCAACUGAUGGAUACAGUAGGUUGCAAAAUGUCUUGCUUGGUGAGUUGGAAAAGGCCGUCUUCAAGAAGGGACUUGUGCUCGAAAACUAUCCUGUUACGUUCCUUCCACAGGUUUCAGGUCAUGUAAAUUGCAGCCUGAGAUGUCCCUCUGAGGCAUGUUGCUGGUAUGAUCAUUCCACCAGUCCUUGAUGGACACAACUUCUGUGCAUUUGCGGCCAAGGCAGGGUUGUCACACGAGUGAGCAAGCAGCUGCCAAACGGAUUUGGCAUAGGGGCAUUUCAGAACAAGGUGCAAAGGGGAGUCCUUGGCCUGAUCACAAGGGUCGCAUGCACCAUUAUGAGGAAUACCACGAGUCUCCAGAUUGUCAUUUGUAAGGAUUCUUCCCCGAAGCCACGGCCACAUGAAGAAACGGCACUUAGACUCAACUUGCGCCCACCAAAGCUUGUCAAAUCGUAUAUUUAAGAAUGAUCCAAUAAACUGACAGCGGUAUGCGGAGGCAGUAGAGUAUGCCUGAGAGGGGUUCCAGGCCCAGCGAAUGGAGUCAUCAACGUCAGGAUGCAGGGAGACUUGGUUGAGACGCAGCCAAAGUUGUGUGAAUUGCCAGAGCUCCAAGAUCACUGAAAUUCUGUGCAGUCCAGCCAUCCAAGCUUGACUAGCAAUUGCAGCUGCAACAGUGUCUGUCCAGUCGAGCCACUUCCACCGGAGACGCAGGGCUCGCCCAAAACGUCUGAGGUCCAAGACUCCCAACCCUCCAAGAUUUUUAUGACGACAUACAGUAUUCCAAUUCACAAGAGCCAUGCCUCCCACAGCAUCAGGUUUGGCUCGCCAAAGCAAGUUUCUCCUCAGCUUGUCGACUUCUUUGAUGGCCCAGUUGUCAAGCUUGAAUUGUGAAAUAAGGUAUACCAGGUAGCCGGGAGGAUCGAGUCGACCAACCUAAGGUGAGAAUCACUUGAAAGCAGCUUACCACGCCAUCUUUUCAGCCUGGAUGCCAACUUAUCCAGGGUGGGCUGGACGUCAGCACGAGUGAUAUUUCUUGAAGUGCAGAGGCAAACCCAAGUAUUUGCUAGGAACUUGACCAACGGGAGCUUGAAAAAUUUGCAGCAGCUGUUGGAGGUUAAUAUCUUCAAGGAAGACGCUCUUUGGCACAUUGGCUUUGAGCCCGGAAGCAGAUCCGAAGAGGAGCAGGAUUUGCUUAGUGGUUUCAAUGUCAGGCGAUAAUUUGGGAGACGAAUAGAGCUGCGUUGUCAGCGUAAAGGCUAGCUCUGAGCUGAGGAGGCAGACGAAGGUUGGUGAGAGCUCCAACAGAACAGGCCUUUGCAAAUAACCAGUGUAGAGCUGCAAUUGCAAUUAUGAAUAGCAUCGGGGAGAGUGGGUCUCCCUGUCUUAGUCCCCUUUUUUGGUGGAAGUGCAGACCCAGUUCUCCGAUGACCAAAAUCCUUGAGGAGGCAGACGACCAGAGCAGAGCAAUUAGAUCACACCAGCUCUGACCAAAACCCAGCCUAGACAUAAGUUCAAGCAAGUAACUCCAGCGCACAUUAUCAAAAGGUCCUACAAUAUCCAAUUUGAGCAGCAAUGCCGGGUCCUUAUUCUUCUGCAGCUUUCGAAAAGCAUUCCUGACAUAAAGAAAAUUGUCUUGGAUCAAAUGAUUCUUGAUGAAAGCACUCUGCGGAGAGGGGAUGAUCUGAUGCAGAAAGGGAGCCAGCCUGUUGGACAGCAGUUUACAAAGGAUCUUUGCAAUAGAAUGCAUCAGACUGAUCGGCCGUAAGUCCUUGACUCUAGUAGCAUCAGUAGACUUGGGUAUUAGGGUUAUGUGGGCAGAGUUCAGCAUGAACCACCUCUUCCCUCUGAGGGAGAACAAUUGGUUGAAAGUACAGAUGAGAUCCUCUUUGAUCAAACUCCAACAGUGCUUAAGGAAGUCAGCCGUGAACCCAUCAGGGCCUGGUGCUUUACCAGAAGGGAGAUCAAAAACUGCAGCCUUGAUUUCUUCCUCGGAGAAAGGCACAUCAAAAGCAUAUAGAUCGUGCCGCUGGACCUCAGGGUAGUCCCAGACUCCCAGUUAAUGUUGCAGCUUCUGGUGGCAGAGGAGCCAAUAGAUGCAGUAAAAUGUUUGAGCAGCUCGCUCUGUUUAUGAGCUUGAAGGGUGACCUGACCAGCAUCAGUAUCGAGCAGAGGAAUGAAGUUUCUGCGCCGUCUUCCAUUGUCCUUAAUGUGAAAAAGCUUGGAUUUGGCAUCACUGGUGCACAGCCACUGGAUACGGGGCUGCUGCCAGAUGCGCACCCGCUGCACAGCAGCCAGCCCAAGCAGUUUAGCCUGAAGAAAAACUGAGACCCAACUCGGCAAUGGUGAGAUGCUGUCCUGUGCAUGGUCCAGUGCCAAAAUAACCUGCUCAGCCACAAGUGACAGAAGAGAAAUAUUCCUAAUUUUGCUUCUACUCCAGCAAGUCUUGUCAGCUUGAAGUUAAGCCUCCACAUCCCAUCCCCAUGGGGUACAGGUAACUUUCCAAGAUUCGACUGACCAGAUCAGAGAAGUCCAAACCUGCUGUGUUUAUUUCUGCGGGCCUGUUUAGAUGUAACUUGGUUGUUUAGAGGUACAACUGUCGGGUUUCAAUUGGUUGUAAAAUCUGGAUGAAGCUGACUUCAUUUUCAGUGAAAUGAGAAAUAUACAU